GGUCUCUUUCCCAGGAAAACCGACUUAAGCAGGGGAACUGUCUAAUGAAGACGGACUUCAAGGUGAAUUUGCCUCGGCGAUUGACAAUUACAAGAUGACUAAAGUAUAAUGCCCUGCCACAAAGGCUCAAAGACUUAAACUCGUGGCUAAACGACCCCCCAACCUUUCUCAGUCAUCUCCCCUUUUCAUCCAACCUAAAAGAUUGUCACAUUAUUACUCAAGAUGUUUACACCUUAUGUGUCCGGAGCCGCCUUUGGCGCUGCCCUGACAGCGGCAGCUAUGUAUCCACCAGAUGUAAUCAUUGAGCAAAUGAGCCUUCAGAACUGGCACAUGGUCGCCACGUUCUUGACUGCUUCUGGUACCAGCACGCUUCUCGUCACUAUCCUCCAACGACUUGGUUACCUUCACUUAAAGCCCCGGAACUAUUCGACACUCAACAUAUUCGGGCCCCUCGACGGAAACAUAAUAGGGGGCUUGCUCUUAGGCACCGGCUUGGCCGUCUCUGGCUCUUGUCCAGGGACCGUCUUCGCCCAAGUCGGGGCUGGAGUUCGAUCUGGCUUCUAUACACUGGGCGGAGCAAUACUCGGGGGUGUGAUUUGGUCAGGUCUCCUGCGACCAGCUCUCCGUAGCCGAGAAAAGCCGGCCCAGGAGGCAGCUGGUAUUGAAAAUCGUCGCCUGACCAUAGAUGAGUUGAUAGGGACAAGCCAGACGAGCGCCCUCAUCGUUAUCGAAAUUUUGUUCACGGGUGUCGUCGCAGCAAUAGUCCAUCUAGCUUCCCCGAAGUCUGAUGGCUUGGUGGGCUCAGUGAUGGGAGGCCUCUUGAUUGCCGGGGCACAACUAGUCUCUAUCGUGACACGAAGAUCCCUCAUUGGCACAUCAGGUUCCUUCGAAGAGGUCGGCGACUAUUUCUUGUGGGUAAUAGGGCGAGGAGUUAGGCCGAAGUCGUACAGCGCCAUUGUUCUUACUGCAGGCAUAGUAGCCGGGGCUCUAGCCGUUUCUCUGGCGUCACCAUCUACGCAAAAGGUAUCCGAAAUUACUAUCGGACCUGCCAGAGCUGUCCUCGGCGGAGUGUUCCUCGCACUCGGAUCCAGGAUGGCGGGUGGCUGUACGUCCGGCCACGGAAUCAGUGGAAUCUCUCUCCUUUCUGUGUCCAGCUUCGUUACCGUGGCAGCGAUGUUUGCUGGGGGGAUGGGCGUCGGUGUGGUUCUAAGGUAAUCGAUAUAUCGAUGAAAAGGGAUAGGCAUUUUGUCGGAUGUAUCCCCCUAUUACGACAGCCAAAACGAUAAUGUCCAAAAAGAA